AUAAAACAUAUGUUUCUUACUUUAUAGGAAAAUAUUUUAUACGAAAGUAUGUUUCACCAACCUUUUUGACCGAUGUCUCAUCAAACGGGAAUUAAAUGCAGUAGUGACCUUUUAAAAUUUUUAGCUACAUCAAAAACCUCAUCGAAAAUCAGGGCUGUGAAAAUUUCAAUAGACUCUGAAAAACUAAUUUUGGAUAAAGUAGAAAAUGCAAAGCAAAGUUGGAUGCAAGAUUAUGAUAGAAUAAUAUCCAAAUUUAUAGAAGAUAAACAACCAUGUUACAUAUUCUAUCGCCUAGAUAACAUAGGAGAUUCCUCCUAUAAUUGGUUGUUUAUAACCUGGUCGCCAGAUGAUGCACCUAUAAAACAAAAAAUGAUAUAUGCUUCUACAAAAGCAACACUUAAAAAAGAAUUUGGACUUUCAUUAAUAUCAAAUGAGUUAUUUUCCACAUCAAAACUUGAAGUUUUAUUAAAGCAGGCCAAAGCUACAGUAUUAGAGAAUAUGGAUAUGAUAUUAAAAUGUGAUCCACAAACCAAUCAUACAAAAAUUCACCAUUGUCCUAACAAUAGCAUUUACAUUCCAAAACAUAUGAAUUCUCAAAACCAUUUAAAUCAUUCCAAUGGCAAAACGAAUUAUAAUGGUAGUGGGGAUAUAACCCUUAUUUCAAAUGAUGCUCACAAAAGAUUAUCUACUUUAAAUUUUAGCAAUCAUACGCUCCAUCCUAAUAACACCAAAAUAAGUGCUCAAUAUUCACCACCUAUAUCAACAAAUACAACCUAUUGGCCUCAAAAAUUAAAUGGAGAACAAAAUCAAGUGCUACCCGGGAUUGACACUAAGCAAAAAUCUAUGCACGGAAUAUCUUUCCCCUUUACCAACGACCUCAAAAUUAGUCUUAACGAGUUCAAAUCCGGAGCUAUGAAUUAUAUUCGAAUGAAAAUAGAUAUCGACAGGGAAGAAGUAGCUUUUGAUCAUGCUUCCAAAAAUGCCGACGUACAUUCUCUACCUAAGCUUAUCCCCAUAUCCAGCCCUAAGUAUCAUUUAUUUCGAUACAAACACGUUUUCGAAAAUCAAAAUCUUCAAGACAUAAUUUUCAUAUAUUCGAUGCCGGGGCAGAGCAGUUGCUCAAUCAAAGAGAAAAUGUUAUACUCGUCAUGUAAACACAAAGUAAUCGAAAAUUUGAAAUACAUAACUGGCCUUGAAAUAUCGAAAACGUUUGAAAUCGAAGCGGGAAAUGAAUUAACUUCCGAAUACAUUGACUCAGAGCUGCAUCCCAAGGCUGUGGAAACGAAGGAAAAAUUCUCUAAACCAAAAGGACCAUCUUCUAGGGGUCCCCGCAGAAUUAUAAAAAAUAUUUGAAAACGAAACAAAAAACAUUUUAUAUAUUUCAAAAAAGGACUAUUUUGAGCAUAUUCAAAAACCAAAGCUGAUA